AUGGCUGAGCAACUCCUUCCUCUGGCCUUGUAUUUGAGCAAUAUGCGGAAAGCUGUGAAGAUACGAGAGAGGACGCCAGCAGAUAUUUUUAAACCUACCAAUGGAAUCAUUCACCAUUUUAAAUCCAUGCACCGAUACACUCUGGAAAUGUUCAGAACUUGCCAGUUUUGUCCACAGUUUCGGGAGAUCAUCCACAAUGCUCUCAUUGACAGAAACAUCCAGGCUUCCCUGGAAAGCCAGAAGAAGCUCAACUGGUGUCGAGAAGUCAGGAGGCUUGUGGCACUGAAGACAAAUGGUGACGGAAACUGCCUCAUGCACGCGGCUUCCCAGUACAUGUGGGGUGUUCAGGACACAGACUUGGUCCUGAGGAAGGCACUCUUCAGCACCCUCAAGGAGACGGACACACGCAACUUUAAAUUCCGCUGGCAGCUGGAGUCUCUUAAGUCUCAGGAAUUCGUGGAAACUGGGCUUUGCUACGACACCCGGAAUUGGACCGAUGAGUGGGACAGCCUCGUCAAGAUGGCAUCCGCAGACACACCCGCGGCCCGAGGUGGACUGCAGUAUCAUUCACUGGAAGAAAUACACAUAUUUGUCCUUUGCAACAUCCUCAGAAGGCCAAUCAUUGUCAUUUCAGACAAAAUGCUGAGAAGUUUGGAAUCAGGUUCCAAUUUUGCUCCUCUGAAGGUGGGUGGGAUUUACCUGCCUCUGCACUGGCCUGCCCAGGAAUGCUACAGAUACCCCAUUGUGCUCGGCUAUGACAGCCAACACUUUGUACCCCUGGUGACCAUGAAGGACAGUGGACCUGAAAUCCGAGCUGUUCCCCUUGUUAACAGAGAGCGAGGACGAUUUGAAGACUUAAAAGUUCACUUUUUGACAGAUCCUGAAAACGAGAUGAAGGAAAAGCUCCUGAAAGAGUACUUGAUGGUGGUAGAAAUCCCUGUUCAAGGCUGGGACCACGGCACCACCCAUUUAAUUAAUGCUGCAAAGUUGGAUGAAGCUAACUUACCCAAAGAAAUAAACCUGGUAGAUGAUUACUUUGAACUUGUCCAGCACGAAUACAAGAAGUGGCAGGAAAACAGUGAGCAGGGACGGAGAAACACGCACCCCCAGAAUCCUCUGGACCCUUCCAUCCCCCAGCUUUCUCUCAUGGACAUCAAAUGUGAGACACCCAAAUGCCCGUUCUUCAUGUCCGUGAACACCCAGCCUUUGUGCCACGAGUGCUCAGAAAGGCGGCAGAAGAACCAAACGAAAGUCCCAAAGCCCGCCUCCAAGCCGGGUCCCGAGCUGCUCCCCGGCCUGGUGCUUGGGACCGCCCGGGGGGAGGUCUGGAGCCCCGCGGAGCCCGCCGGAGGCCCCCACUCAGCCCCUCCGACGGCACCCAGCCUCUUCCUGUUCAGCGAGACCACGGCCAUGAAGUGCAGGAGCCCCGGCUGCCCCUUUACCCUCAACGUGCAGCACAACGGCUUCUGCGAGCGAUGCCACAACGCUCGGCAGCUGCCACCAGGCCGCCCCGCCGACCCCACGCGGCUUCCCGACCCGGGCAAGUGCCGAGCCUGCCUCCAGGAUGUCACCAGGACGUUUAAUGGCAUCUGCAGUACUUGCCUUAAGAGGACUACAGCCGAGGCCGCCCCAAACCUCAGCUCCAGUGGCUCCCUGUCCUUCCACCAGCGCUCCAAGUCCGACCCCUCGCAGCUGGCCCAGAGCCUGUCCCCACAUGCCUGCCGCAGAGCCGGGCCCGAGGCACCCGCCGGUCACCACUCCCCGGCCACACGGACUCCAGGGGAAAGGAUGGGGACCAGUAAGUGCAGGAAAGUGGGCUGCAUGUACUUUGGGACCCCAGAGAACAAAGGCUUUUGCACACUGUGUUUCAUCGAGUACAGAGAAAAUAAACAUUUAGUCGCUGCCUCUGGGAAAGCCAGUCCCACAGCCUCCAGGUUCCAGAACGCAGUCCCCUGCCUGGGCAGGGAAUGUGGCGCCCUCGGUAGCACCGUGUUUGAAGGAUACUGUCAGAAGUGUUUCAUUGAAGCUCAGAAUCAGAGAUUCCAUGAAGCAAAAAGGACUGAAGAGCAGCUGAGGUCAAGCCAGCGCAGAGACUUGCCCCGAGCCUCACAGAGCGCCUCCAGGUCCAAGUGCGCACAGGCCACCUGCCGGAAUGUGCUGGCCUGCUGCAGCCAGGAGCUCUGCAUGGAGUGCCAGCACCUCGGCCAGCGAGCGGGCACCAGCACCCGCCGGCCAGAGCACAGCCCCGAGGAGCCCCCCACGCCACGCUGCCGGGCCCCCGCCUGCGACCACUUCGGCAACGCCAAGUGCAACGGCUACUGCAAUGAGUGCUUUCAGUUCAAGCAGAUGUACGGCUAA